AUGGCUGACGAUUCGAACGCCAUAUUACGUCGCCGCUCGUCUCUCCGUCAGCAGCGUCGUCUGUCUCUACAGUAUGAGAACAAUUCCUGGGCCGCACCUCCGUCUGGAACUAUCUACGCUGGUCUAUCGACAUUACGCGAGGACGAUACAUUGACAAUUGCAAUCGCCAUUCGCGAUACCACCUAUCUCCUAGACUUCAUUCAGGAAUCGCUCACCUUAAAAGAUGACCAGUCGUUAUGCUCCGUGCUGGAGAAAUUCGUGAUAGACCAAUUGCAAGAAUGGAGUGACGCCCAUAUGGAGAAGUUCAUCGGCUUGGCGAUGCCAGAGCGCAUCGCGAAACAAUACCCCAGCCUGUGCUCGAGGCUCUGGGCUGAGCUGGAUAUCAUACCUCUAGUCCUCCCCGAAGGAAGUAGAAGGGAGGGUGAUGACAAGUUCACUUUCGGCAUUCCCGACUCCACAACCUGGAAGAUUAGAGUGUUGUCUAGUUUGUUUGGUCCAGAGAAUAUCCCCCUGCUUCAGGUCGGCUUCCUUGGUAUAGUAGAGGUCGACACUGCAUUCCAUGUGCGCUUGACCAACCUGGAGGACUUCCAGAAGACGGUAUAUCCCAAGACCUGGAAGGCUGUUCAACAUUAUGCGACCGACCUCAAGGAAAGAAAAACCAAAAUUGCCUUUUUCAGUGCCACCCCUCAAGGUGGAGGUGUAGCCCUCAUGAGACAUUCUCUUGUGAGAUUUUCGUAUUCCUUGGGUACCGAUAUCACAUGGUACGUGCCCAAGCCACGGCCGGGCGUUUUCCGUGUAACCAAAAACAAUCACAACAUUUUGCAGGGUGUCGCUUCCCCUGAGGAGCGGUUGAGCGAGGAGGACUGGGCGCAGGUGACGGAGUGGGUCAAUGAGAAUGCAAAGAGAUACUGGUUGAUUCCAGGAGGCCCUCUGCAACACCCUAAAGAUGGAGGAGCCGACGUGGUGAUUAUUGAUGACCCGCAGAUGCCCGCAUUGAUUCCCAUUGCGAAGCAAAUUGCCCCGGACCGACCGGUGAUCUUUCGUAGUCACAUCCAACUCCGCAGUGACUUGAUUGACAAACCGGGGACUCCCCAGGCAGAAGCAUGGGGGCGGCUCUGGGAAACCAUCAAACUGGCAGAUAUCUACAUUAGCCACCCAGUGAAGUCUUUUGUUCCUAAGACCGUACCCCGAGAGAAGGUGGGAUACAUGCCUGCGUCGACGGACUGGUUGGAUGGUCUGAACAAAAACAUGCGAGAAUGGGACAUUGCCUAUUAUGGCCGGGUUUUCAAUUCAUUCUGCAGAAACUCGGGCAUGCCCACCAUCGACUACCCUGAAGAUGAAUAUAUCGCUCAAAUUGCACGCUUUGAUCCGUCGAAGGGCAUCCCAGAGGUUGUGGAAUCCUACGUCAAAUUCCAUCGGCGGUUCACAGCUGCGUUUCCCGACAGACGGGCUCCCAAGCUGUUGAUCUGUGGCCAUGGCUCUGUUGAUGACCCAGACGGCACGGUGAUUUAUGACGCCGUUGUCACGCAUAUCGAGGAGAACCUCCCGGAUCUCGCAGAGCAGAUUUGCGUUGUGCGACUGGGUCCUUCAGAUCAGCUGCUGAAUGCCCUUCUCUCAAAGGCUAAGGUGGCUCUACAAUUGUCCACACAGGAAGGAUUCGAAGUUAAAGUGUCGGAAGCCAUUCACAAAGGAACACCAGUCAUCGCAACCAGGGCUGGUGGCAUCCCUCUUCAAGUGGCGGACAAGCAGAACGGCUUCCUCGUGGAGGUAGGGGAUACCGACGCAGUGGCCCAGCAUUUGUUGGACCUCUGUACGGACGAUGAGCUGUAUGAGCGCAUGCACAAGUUUGCGCUCAACAAUGUGUGCGACGAAGUGAGCACCGUCGGCAAUGCACUGAACUGGCUCUACCUAGCUUCGAAGCUGUCCAAGUCCGAAGAUAUCAAGCCGAACGAGCGAUGGAUUAACGACAUGGCUCGCGCCGGGGCGGGCCAGGAGUACACCAGCGAUGAAAGCAGAUUGGUGCGGGAGCUUUGCCCCCAGAAUGGCGUGAACGGACACCAAAACUAG